AUGCAGACGCUGAAGCAGAAGCAUCGCCCCUUCUGCUUCAGCGUGAAAGGCCAAGUGAAGAUGCUGCGGCUGGCACUAACUGUGACAUCUAUGGCUUUUUUUAUCAUUGCACAAGCCCCUGAACCGUACAUUGUCAUCACUGGAUUUGAAGUCGCUGUUAUUUUCUUUUUCAUAAUUUUAUAUAUGCUGAGACUGGAUCGAUUAAUAGACUGUUUGUUUUGGCCUUUGCUUGAUAUUAUCAACUCAAUGGUAACAGCAAUAUUCAUGAUAAUCAUAUCUGUGUUGGCACUGAUACCAGAAACUACAACAUUUAUAGUCCUUGGAGGGGUGUUCGGACUCCUGGCAGCAGUGUGCUGUAUUGCCGACGGGGCCCUUAUUUACCAGAAACUUCUAUUUAAUCCAAGUGGUCCUUAUCAAAAAAAACCUAUUCAUGACAAAAUAUAA